AUGCUGCCCGGGAGGCUGUGCUGGGUGCCGCUACUGCUGGCGCUGGCCGUGGGGAGCGGCGACGGCAGCGGGGACAGCCGCGGGGACAGCCGGCGGCGCCGCCUCCUUGCGGCCAAAGUCAACAAGCACAAGCCAUGGAUUGAAACUUCGUAUCAUGGAGUCAUAACUGAGAACAAUGACACAGUCAUUUUGGACCCACCACUCGUAGCAUUGGAUAAAGAUGCACCGGUUCCUUUUGCAGGAGAAAUCUGUGCUUUCAAGAUCCAUGGCCAGGAGCUGCCCUUCGAGGCUGUGGUGCUCAAUAAGACGUCCGGGGAGGGCCGGCUCCGCGCCAGGAGUCCCAUUGACUGUGAGCUGCAGAAGGAGUACACGUUCAUCAUCCAAGCCUAUGACUGUGGCGCCGGGCCCCGGGAGACAGCCUGGAAGAAGUCACACAAGGCCGUGGUCCAUAUCCAGGUAAAGGAUGUCAAUGAGUUUGCUCCCACCUUCAAAGAGCCAGCCUAUAAAGCCAUUGUAACAGAGGGCAAGAUCUAUGACAGCAUACUGCAGGUGGAAGCCAUAGAUGAGGACUGCUCCCCUCAGUACAGCCAGAUUUGCAACUAUGAAAUCGUCACAACAGACGUGCCUUUUGCCAUCGACAGAAAUGGCAACAUCAGGAACACUGAGAAGCUGAGCUAUGACAGGCAGCGCCAGUAUGAGAUCCUAGUGACAGCCUACGACUGUGGACAGAAACCUGCUGCUCAGGAUACGCUGGUGCAGGUGGACGUGAAGCCCGUUUGCAAGCCUGGAUGGCAAGACUGGACCAAGAGGAUUGAGUACCAGCCUGGUUCGGGGAGUCUGCCCUUAUUCCCCAGCAUCCACCUGGAGACGUGCGAUGGAGCUGUGUCCUCUCUCCAGGUCACCGCAGAGCUGCAGACCAACUACAUUGGGAAGGGCUGUGACCGGGAGACAUACUCCGAGAGAUCCCUUCAGAAAUUAUGUGGAGCCUCCUCUGGCAUCAUCGACCUCUUGCCAUCUCCCAGCACUGCCACCAACUGGACUUCAGGACUGCUGGUGGACAGCAGUGAGAUGAUCUUUAAGUUUGAUGGCAGACAGGGUGCCAAGAUUCCAGAUGGAAUUGUGCCUAAGAACCUGACGGACCAGUUCACCAUCACCAUGUGGAUGAAACAUGGCCCCAGCCCCGGUGUGAGGGCUGAGAAGGAAACCAUCCUCUGCAACUCAGAUAAAACUGAAAUGAACCGGCACCACUAUGCCCUAUAUGUGCACAACUGCCGCCUCGUCUUCCUCUUGAGGAAGGACUUUGACCAGGCCGACACCUUUCGCCCUGCAGAGUUCCACUGGAAGCUGGACCAGAUUUGUGACAAAGAGUGGCAUUACUAUGUCAUCAAUGUGGAGUUUCCUGUGGUCACCCUCUACAUGGAUGGAGCGACAUAUGAACCAUACUUGGUGACCAAUGACUGGCCCAUUCAUCCAUCUCACAUUGCCAUGCAGCUUACUGUCGGUGCUUGUUGGCAAGGAGGCGAAGUUGCCAAACCACGAUUUGCGCAAUUCUUCCAUGGCAGCCUGGCCAGUCUUACCAUCCGCCCUGGGAAAAUGGAAAGCCAAAAGGUGAUUUCCUGCUUGCAGGCCUGCAAAGAGGGGCUGGAUAUUAAUUCUUUGGAAAGCCUCGGGCAAGGAAUAAAGUAUCACUUCAACCCCUCACAGUCUAUCCUAGUGAUGGAAGGAGAUGACAUUGGGAACGUCAACCGUGCCCUACAGAAGGUCUCCUACAUCAACUCCAGGCAGUUCCCGACAGCAGGCGUGCGACGCCUCAGAGUCUCCUCCAAAGUCCAGUGCUUUGGGGAAGACGUGUGCAUCAGCAUCCCCGAUGUGGAUGCCUAUGUGAUGGUCCUGCAAGCCAUGGAGCCCCAGAUCACUUUGCAGGGCACAGAUCACCUAUGGAGACAAGCUGCCCAAUUCGAAAGUGCCAGAGGUGUGGUCCUCUUCCAGGAUAUCAAAAUUGUGAGCACCUUUGCCAAACCUGAGGCCACUGGGGACAUGAAAACCACAGCCCCCAAAUCAUCAGUCUUAGAAGAAAUGCUUCACAACUUGGAUUUUUGUGACAUUCUGGUGCUUGGAGGGGACCUGGACCCGAGACAGGAGUGCUUGGAACUCAACCACAGUGAGCUCCACCAAAGGCAUCUGGAUGCCACAAACUCUACUGCAGGCUACUCCAUCUAUGGUGUGGGCUCCAUGAGCUGCUACGAGCAGGUGCUGCGUCACAUCUACUACCGCAACUGGCACCCGAGCUCCCUUGAGGGCAGGCGGUUCCGAAUCAAGUGUUCAGAACUCAAUGGGCGCUACACUAGCAAUGAGUUCAACUUGGAGGUCAGUGUGCUACAUGAAGUCAGAGUACCAGACAAGGAGCAUGUCAACCACCUUAUCGUGCAGCCUCCUUUCCUCCAGUCUGCCCAUCACCCUGAAUCCCGGAGUAGCAUCCAGCGCACUUCAGUGGUCCCAAGCAUCGCCACGGUUGUCAUCAUCAUCUCCGUGUGCAUGCUAGUGUUUGUUGUGGCCAUGGGUGUGUACCGAGUUCGGAUUGCCCACCAGCACUUCAUCCAAGAGACUGAGGCUGCCAAGGAGGCCGAAAUGGAUUGGGAUGAUUCUGCACUGACUAUCACCGUCAACCCCAUGGAGAAACAUGUAGAACCAGGACACGGGGAAGAUGAGACUGAGGGAGAAGAGGAGGAGGAAGAAGCAGAGGAGGACAUCAGCUCCAGCAGCAGCGAGGACAACAGUGAAGGGGAGGAGGAGGAAGAGAUGGGCAGAGGCAGACACGGGCAGAGCGGCACCAGGCAAGCCCAGCUGGAGUGGGAUGACUCCACCCUGCCCUACUAGUGCCUGCAGGUCCACUGCCCAGCCCACGUGUCCCUUUUGUGAAGCCCGCCCGCCCCAGCGUCUGCCUGACCCUAUCACACUCACCUCUCCGUGACAGCUCGGGGAGGCCUCUGCAGCUUCCUCGAGCCUGUGUGGGGGGCAGCUCCCCGAAGCUCUGUGUCAUCAUCAGUGGGGACUUCGGGGUGUACUUUGUCCUGUAGCGACAACUCCUCCUGCCCUGGGUUCACCCAGCAUCCUGUGAGUCACUCUGCAGAGUUCUGAACACCUUCCUCUUUUCUGUGAAGGACAAGGUCCACCUUUAGGUCAUUAACCUCCCCAGGCUCAGCUCUCCUGAGGCCCUUGGGCUCCAACUCCCAUUGUGCAUCUCUCUCCACUCAUAGCAGCAGGUCCCCCCUAUGCUCACUCUGUAGGUUCCUUUUUACAAGGAAGGAGGUAGAACUUCAUGCAUUAGGGUCUUAGGGCCACAUGCUUGAAUGGAAAGCCCCUGUCAAGGCAGAAUUGAGUUUACAGGGAAAGAUACACACACACAUACUUCCCAGCUUGGAGAGCCUUCCCCUUUGCUUCUUUAUGAGGCUACAUAUAUUGACAUGACAAAUACAAAACCAAGGAUUGGUCACUGGCCACAACCAGAGCCUAUCCUCAGCCAAAGGAGCCUGCCUACCUGAGAAGCACUGAGACCCAUGUGGCUGCCCUUCCCGGGGUAUUCACCACACAAAACUACCAGAUGUCAGGAAGCAUUCCACCAGGCACUGCCCUGGUGACAGCCACACCAGGGUCACAGCCAGGAGUAGAAAGAAGGGCUGAUGGAUGACACAGUAGGGCCUCAUAGAGGAUGCAGAGCUGGGAGACAGGUGAGGGAGGCUGGGCAUCCCAGGACCAAGGCAGCCCCAAGGUUGAUAAGGCUCUCACAACCUCACCUCAUGCUCCCUUAUCUCUUGGGUUACAAUGUUUUACUUUUUGUUUUUCCCCUUGGAACCAAGGAUCGAACUCAGGAUCUUGCGCUUCCCAGGCAAGUGUGACACCCCUGAGCUACAUCCCUGGCCCUACAAUGUUUUACUCUUAAGAAAACAUGCCCUUCUCAAAUGUAUUAGAACCUAUAUGAAUUCCACAAGUCCAAGAUGAAAGUUUGGAAAUCUGUUAGGAAUUUGAAGCGCAUUUGUAACAAUGGCACUUGUUUCUUUCCUUUUCUCAUAAAAGGAGGAAUAGAGGGCAAAUAUAUUCAAAACCCCAAUUUCUUUUUCUUUCUUCUUUUUUCAAUAAGGAAGUCUUUUCCAUCUCCAUUCUAACAUGGACACCUUGUGAAGAGAAUUGUUGCUAUAGUAACUAACUAGUGGGUGAUCUUUGUGGCCAAGAGAAUAGCAGGCAAGAAUUAAGGCUAUUACAGGUCUUCAGUGAGGCUGUAAGGACAUGCUUAUUUCAAAUGUCUUGGCUUCCUCUUUGUCCUAGAAUGUACAAGCUGUCCUCAUUCUCCCAUUCCACCCCAAGACCAUCCCAUACUGGUUUGGCACAGGCACAAAGCUAGUCCCCAGCCAAUGGCAUGCAAGUUCAACAGAAAGUUCAGCCUCUGCUCAGUGUCUUUUCUGUGUCAUCCAGUCCAAGAAUUUAAGUAAGGGGACCACUACCAAUGUCCUCUAGUCCAACCUCCACUCAGUAAGGAUCCACAAGCGGCCUUUGCACCCUUCUGCUGGCAAGAGCUACCUUAGACAGCUCUUUCCAUUCCUGAAGUGUUUUUGCAUCCUUUCCCUCCUGAAUUUCCCAAUAAUCCUGUGAAAUAUUUGACACAUCCAUUGUUAGACACAUUUUUGUGAUGAGUAAACUAGGGCUCAGAGAUUCAGUGUCUUGUUCAUAGUUGUUCAGAGAUAUAGAUAAGACUAGGUUCCCACCCUCCACUUGAUCUGGUAUUCUACUUCAUGUUCAUACUGAUGUACUUAACAGGCAUUCUAAGCAGCUACUUUAUGCGAAGAAUUCUACCAGAAGCUGUGGGAAUUGGAUAUCGCUGAAUGAGAUAAGCCCCUCCCUACACAGGACUUGAUCACCAUAGAAGGGGCAUAGAAGCAAGCCUAGAAAUUAUACAGUACAGGCAGAGGAAGGGAGAGGAGAAGUCAUGGGAAGAAGAGGGACAUGUUCACAACUCAAGCAGUGCUCUUUUCCCUUAAGAAUAACAAUGGAAGAAGCUUGAGAGCGUCUAUUCAUUGACAGGAAAUAAACACAUUUCUUGUGAAUUAUCCCAAUCACAUAUGCCAUUUCUAUCAGGCCAUGUCUCCACACUCAUAGUGAAAAAACCUGCAGGAUUGGUCAGGCUGUACAACCCACUAUUUCAAUAAAAAGAGGUUCUUCAGUCAGGCAUUUAGAUACUCCUGAAUUCUAUCAAAAUUAUGGCAGAAAAAGGAAGACUUUACAUGUUUAAAACUAAAUCCUUUUUGCAUUAGGUUUUGGUUGUAAAUAUUUAAGUCUAGGGUUUCUGAGAGCACUUUUCUUUCCACUCUGUGUUUCCAGCUUGAUUGGAUGGGAAGGGCAUUUCUUGUAUCCUUACGCUGUCUCUUAUCACUGUUUUAUGAUGGGAUAGGCUGUUUGGAGCAUUGGGAAACCUAUAUGUGUUUGGGUUGGGGUGGCAGAUGAAAGUGACACUUGGAUAAGGCAGAAAGGUUGUAUCAUUGAAGAAGCAUUUGGAGACUGGACUCAAAGAAACGGUGGCAACAACAAAGCAGAGCCCUUUCCCUCUACUUUUGCUGCAAGAGGCUACUGUGCAUGCCAACUCCAAAGAUGAGGCACUUGAAAGAUUUUUCUGGGUCAACAGGCAUUUUUCCUGUUCCUAGUACCCUAUUCAUUACCACAGGCUAACAAGAUGGCAGAGGUCAUAUAGGACUGACAGAAGCUUCAGGAAGUAUCCAGGAGAGUGGUUGGUAAUAUAAUUUUCCCUGUGGCUGAUAUUCUGGCCAUAGAUGAAAAAAUAUCUUUAAUCAGUCUGGCAUUUUCCAGUCUGUGUGUGCUGGCAUUUUGGGCAGCAAGACGAUUAUCAGAUGGCCUUGGCACACUGUGACCUCUCAUUCAGAUGUCAGCAGCCAGGCAGAUACAGUCUCAGACCCAUGAGGAGGAGCUGACUGGGUUGGCCACCAACAAGUACACUGCUGUCCGUACUAAGUGAAUGAUGCCACCAGUCUAUUCUGAGCUAGAAAACAAGGAUGAAACCUCUCAGGUGACUCAGACAGCAGGUAAAAGGAGAGAAAGGAGGGUGAGAUUGAGAAAGACCAGGACAUAAUGAGUUGCCCAGUGGAGUAAAAGUAAUCAACUAGUUGGUGAACUGUCUUAUGGAACACUUAAAGUAUAUUCUGACAGAUUUAAUCAAAUGCUCUAAAUCUGGCCAGGGCCCAAAUUCUUCUAGAUACAAAAAUGAAAUUUCAUGGGCUCCCUUUUCAUUACCACUGUCUUGAAUUUACUUAAUCAUUCUGUCAUGCAAAGUUUAGACCAAACCCCUCCAUAUUUAACAAAAGUUAUCCCUGUAACAUGGAUUCUCCAGGAGGGGGGCUCCUGCUGAAAAACAAUGUUCUCCACUCCUGUGUGUCAGAGAUCAGCAAACUUUAUCUGCAAAAGGCCAAAUAGUAAGUAUUUGAGCUUUCAAGCCAUGUGGUUUCUGUUGCAAGUUCUAGAUUCUGCCUAGUAGCAUGAAAGCAACCACAGACAACACAUAAACAAAUGAAUGUUCCUGUGAAACUUUAUUUAUCCAUGCACCAAUAAAACUUUAUUUAUGGACAAUGGAAAAGUAGGCAAUCUAAAUUCAUAUAAUUUUCAUGUCAUGAUUGUUUUUAUUCUUUUGGUUUUUAUUUCCAAAUACUCAAAAUCAUGAAAACCUUUUUUUAGCCCACAGGCCAUAUGAAAACUAGUGGUCAAUGAGAUGACCAGAUGUGGUCUUCGGGCUGCAGCAUAUAUGGAAGGAGAAAAACCUUCCCUUUCCUAGAAGAAAGCAAACUACUAUCUCAGUCUUUUCAUCAACAACUUAAUAGUCUUUGCUUCCAAAUUGAACAGAAAGAGAACUCCAUAGUUCUUCAUUAACUGCUUUUAGAAGUUCAUGCUCCAGGAGAAACAAAAACAAAACAAAACAAAAACACUUAUUAUUUUUGAACUGACAAAUUCAGAUGAAUAUUCCUAAGGGUUGAAGGCCUUGGAUCCAAGGUACUUACUACUACUGAGCACUAACUCCACUGAGGCAAAUGUUAACUCCCCAGGCCGAGCAUCUUCCCAGCACGGCUGAGCACAUGAGGAUUUCUAAGCAGGAGUGUUCAUUAUCUCAGACUGAUUUUCAUUUCAGCUCUGCGCAUGCCAUGGAUCUAAAAAUGAUCCUAAAGACUUGUGACUGUUCGAAUCAAUAGCAACAUAAUCAGCCAAGAGCACAAGCCAGCACACUUUAAAAUUAGCAGUUUUCUUGGCUCUAUGACUCAAUAUUAGCAGGAGGAAGAAAAGCAGCAUUUUUUUCUUAAUCAUUGUCUCAUUUAAAUUAACCAAAUAGGUUUUACCAAAAAGUAAGGGAGUAUGUCUAAUUCUUUGAAAGAAUUUGUCAGUAGAAAGUACAUGAUGUUCACAUAUAAUAAUCUUCUGGCCUCUGGGACUCCUAAGCCUCCUGCAAUGUGCCCUGGCAGGCUGGGGAUGGCACACCAUUCUCUAUCUGCAUCCGGCAUUUAUCAAGGCUGACAAGCCAAAGCCCUUGGCACAAUUUAAUUUUCAUGUAACCACUUUCCGUUGUCCAGCUAAAGGCAAAGGAAAUGAGCAGUGAAAGUUUUGAAGUCUACUCCAGCAUCCUCAUUUCCCUGACUUGAUUUGUUUUACUUCAUGAAUUUAUUCUAUAUCUGCUCCACAGAUCUUGCUAUAGUUUUCCUUUGGGAACCAACUGGAAAAGGAGAGUUGGCUUUACAGGGUCUGCAGAUUAGGAGCCAAGCUUCACUUUGUCCCAGGGAGAUGAAUGAGACAGAAGUUACCUCCACCAGCACCCCAGAAAGCAAUCAGACAGUUCUUGUAUGCAGUCAGUGAACAGAUGGGAGUCUGUGUUUGCAGCCACGUUCGAUGUCAUUCAGCAAGUCCUUACUGGGCACCCGCGUGUGCUCCAGGCGUCCUGCCAGGAACGAGGGAGGGAGAGCAAAUGAUACAGAGCCCAGCCUAUGAGGAUCUCUUGGUCUUGUGAGCUGUGAGGAUCUUUUCUUCUCAGAGCUGGAGGCUGUCCACAAGCAGUCAGGACUGCUAAGGGGGAAAAGUUUGAGGUUGAGGAGAUGGGAUAACUUAUCUAAUCAGUGAUUCCAAGGAUACUGAUACUCCUUACUGAGGCAGACUGAGGAGAGCUCUAGAGAUGUGAGUAAUGUUUCCCUCCAUUUCCCCUAAUGGUACCCAAGCCUGAUUCAGUUCACAUGUAGAAAGGAGCCGGUCUCCUACCCACUGAGAAGAAGAAACAUGAUUGAUGACUGAGCCAGAGGAAGUUCUUAAAUAAGAAUAGCAGCCAGGCAGACCUUGCAAGUUAGGGUGAUCCAGGUAGGGAGUGCUAAUGUCAGUCAAGAUUAAAGGCUUGACCUGGCUGAUAUGAAGCAACCCUCAGAGCUGACAGGUGAAAGGAGAUCUACUCUGGAGGACUUGUAGAUGCUGCAGAGCUGUGAUUCUCCAGGUGUGGUCUGAGAACCAGUGAGAAACACAGAUUCACAAAGCCCACUCCAGACCUACUGAAUCAGAGAGGAGGUGAGGGUCCAGGAAUUUUUCCUUUAAUGAGGUUCUGAGGCAUGCUGAAGUUUGAGAACCAUUAAUAUGGAGGAUGAGAAUGGCUUAAUCUGCAUUAGGAGGAGCUGCUAUUAACAAAGAAGGUAAAAUAACCAAUCACUGGUACAGUAAUGGCAAAUCGGAGUAGGGGGUUAGCAGAACACACAUCACCAACUCUACCACGAGGGCUUUCUUGACUCCAGUUUAUACUCAUGGAGCACUGGUUUCAGGGAGCAUUGGUCUUAGUUCUAAUCCCUCUCCUCUCUUCAAGUAUGAAACAAUUCUUACCCAUGUUCCCUUUCUGUCCUAGAAGGAAACAUCCCAGGAGAGGUUUUAGUGAGGCCACUUACACCUAGGGAGGCCACCUGCCAAUCUCCUGUCCACUGAGCAGGCACCUUAAAGGCUGUAUUGAAUGGAGAAAUAACAUUGCAGCUAUGACCCAAGACCACAAGAGGGACUGCUUUGCUCAAAUCCUGUGUGCUAGUGAUGCAUUGAGAGGACCUGGUAGAACCUGGUAGAGAGUGAACAGGGUCAUUCAAGGACACUGCCAGGAUAUCACAGCACUGUCCAUUUGUAAUGGGACUUGGGACACGAAGCAUCACAAUUCAAACACUAAAUUAGAUGGGGAAUAGAUAGCUUUUCUUGAAAAAGCAAUAAUUCAUGUUACUAAAAGUAGAAAACCAAUAACCAAAAACAAAACUGCAGCUUUAUCUACAAUGUGAGUCUGUCUAGACACCCUCAUUUUCAAGGCCUAUAUAAGUGCCAGGUGCCGCCAAUGCCUGAUCUCCAACCUACCAGAUGCCCGAGGUCUGCCAAUCACUAAUUUAUGGCUUAAACUCUGUGAAGGUCCAAAAACCUGUGGGAAGAACUCAUUAGUGCUUUAUUAGUCAUUUUCACUUAACUGUGGUUCCCAAUCUGUCCAGAGCACAGAGGAAGGACAGAUGGGGAAAGAGUGCAGCAUGUGGUCCAGGAGAACCUUGCUGUCAAGUUCCUACAAACCCAGAUGCUGUCCUGCUCAAAGACACAUCUGGUUGUCCCAGCAGUCUCCUCAGUGAAUGCCCCAAAUACCCCAGGGGAAACCUCCAUUUCUCCAGCCCAGCUUGGAAAAAUGACUUCUGAUCAGAUGCCCAGCCAAUCUCCUGAGACCAACACAGGAAUCAUAUUGAGAACAACUCAUUUCAAGAAGUUAGAAUCUGCUGAAAGAGAAGGAAGGAAGGAAGGAAGGAAGGAAGGAAAGAGAGAAGGAAAGAGAGAGAGAAAGAAAGAAAGAAAAGAAAAAGAAAGAAAGGAGAAAAAGAGAAAGACUUGCUAGACAUUUGCCUCUGAGAAAGCAUAGCAGAAACCAGAUAGAGUUUUUCUUUACAGUCCAGCCUCCCUGAGUGAAUUCUCUGGUGACGUAUUUCUCUUCCAAGACUUAAAACAAUUUUGUGCAUUCAUCUUAGUCACUUAUUGCAAAAGCCUCCUAUGGGACAACAUGGCAAAUGAUGGGGAGGCAGUUCUGGAAGUGGGCUGAGCCCUGUUCUUGUUGGCAGAUCUGCACUGGAGUUGGGUUAGGCAGGGUGGAGAGACAUUGUGGCCUGAGGGUCAGGAACUCAGAUCCAGCCAGGACCCCAAGUGGGUAGUGGGGGCAUUCAUGGGAAGGCAGAGCAGAGAUGAGUCAUAAUGUGGAUCAGCAGGCAGGCAUGAGCAGCCACUUACACUUCAUCUGUCAGAAACAGGGGAGAGAACUUCAUCCUAUUACCAGGCUAGGUGUCUCCUGGAUCCUGCCUAGAGCAGUCCUCUCAUUCUGAAGAGCAGAGAGGAGCUGGCACCUCUGCACUAUCACCACAGCAGGGCCCCACUCCACAAGAUCUUUGAGCUGAAUGAAAUGAAUCACAGUUCUUCCUUCCCACCUGCCUGAUGGGGCCCCUGAAAAACAUGGUCCUGUGAGUGAGGCUAGCAUGGAUGCUCAACACUCUCCAUCUCUGCUUGUCACCUCCCCAAAGCAAAAAUAAUAAUUAAUCUAUCCCAACAUUCUCGGUGCCAAGCACAGCACCUGGCCCAUAGCAUAGGCUCCACAAACAUUGGAUUGGAUGGACUCUCAGAGAUCAUUUGACUUCCAAGAAUUGACUUGGUUUGAAAACUUAGGAUAUCUUAAUGGAAAAAGACUCUUCAUCCUCUCUCUUCUGCCCUCUCCCCUCUCCCGUUUCCCCUCUUCUCUCUCUCUCCCUCUCUCUCUCUCUCUCUCUCUCUCUCUCUGUAAGUCAAGAUUCUUUAUAAAAUCACCAGGGAUUGAGUUCAAUGGCGCCGCGCCUGCUACUGAAAAAAAAAAAUUCUUUAUAAAAUCAUAUGGAGGAGGAAAGAAAAUGCAGUUGACAGAUGACAAAAUUUCUUCUCUUCAAAUGGAAGGAGGAUAGGAGUGUGCUUGUUGGGAAAGUGGCCCCACCUAGCUAUGAGCAGGAAAGGAAUCUGCUAAGAAGCAAGGAUACACAGGCCUUGAUGAGCUCUGCUCCACUCUAAGGGUCAUGGGCAGCAUCCCAGCUGAAGAAAGAAUGCCUUAAUUUGUUAAAGACCCCAGACCCAUACUGCUCUCCAGUCCCUUUUAUCAGAUUUACUGCAGAGGAGAUUCAUCAACAUGAAGCUCAGUUAGCCAUAGUCUAACGAAAAAAGACCAACAGACUUGAGAGGGGCCAGAACACAGGCAUUGUAUAUUAAUCACCGACAACAGGGACAUGUUGGCUUUAAUGUCUUUUUCCCUCUAUCCUGAAAUGCAUCUUUGUUACCUGGACCCUUUUCACUGAGUAUUUGAGAACAGAAAAAGGACACACACACACACAUACACACACACACACACACACACACACACACAAAUAUUGGGGAUUUUUUUUCUCCAGUAGAAAGAGAGCUGUCAGCAAAAUGAACCCUUCUAUUCGCAGAAGUAGAAAACCAACCCACAGGUCUCAGCCACAGACUCCAACACCCCUAUGGGAAAGGGCAGGGAAGGCAUGCAGAAGCAGCCUCUGCCCUAUGGAAGGAUUCCUUAGGCCCUUGGGCAUGAGGGGCUGGUUUGUGCCUUUGGAGCACAGAUAAAAGUAUGAUGUGUACAUACAUCUUUGGAGGCCAGAGACAACAUGAAGCACAAUGAUCUGGCACCCAUCCCCACCCAACCCCCAGCUCCCUUAUGUAUCUACCGAGGAGCCAAUGGCAUGUAGGAUUCAAAAGAGCCACACUUUAGGUGGUAGAAAUAAGGCAAAAGUUUCUGGAGGGGAGGCAGUUAGAGAGGACACCUAGUGCCGAUCACUCAAAGAGUAAUAGAAGAGAUAAGGAAGGAGAAGGUAACUCAGAGUUUGAAAGGGAAUGGGAAAAUUGGAUAGGAGUGGCAACAACAGAAACAGCUCAUCACUUAGGGAGCUAGACUACAGCUCUAUAUUUAAAGCAUUACUCAAAGUUUCAAAUAAAUUAUGGAUAAAUCUGGUUAUAUGGCCACAGUAGGAGUCACACCAAUUGGAAGGUGAUUUCAGUUCUCACUUGAGCUAGUCAUGAUGGAUCAAUCCACCUGAUUGCUUUCAGCCUGACCCCAGUGGCUUCCAAAAAAGGUUAUUGAUGCCUAGAGCUGGACAGGCCUGACAGAAGAUUGGGGAAAUCCAGUUGGUGAGUUUGGAAAAGAAAUUGUAGGUAGGGUUUGGUUGUUUUCCAGGAAAUCUAUAGAUAUUCAAGUUGGGUUUGUUGUUGUAUUGGCAUAGACAUUAUAAUGUGUGCAAGAAGGACAGUCAGAAUGAUUUGGUAGGACAUUAAUUAGAGAAAUUAAGGUAUUAAAUAUAAAAUAUCAGAGAUAACUAGGAUAAGGACAGAUGAUAAUAUAUAUGUGUGUGUACACACAUAUAUGCACAUACUUAUACAUAUGUCAUAUACAUAUCUAUACCACAGAAGUAAGAUAUGGAAUAAAGAGAUCAAUGGUUCCAAAACAUUGUACAUUUUUUAGAAGCACUAGAUUGGAUGUUAUAUAUUUUUCUUCUUGUUAUUUGCUUUUAGCUCUCAAAGCAUGGAGAACAAUGCCUAGGACAUAGCAGGAGUUUGAUAAACAUUUGGAAACGAAGGGUCCAGCUUGUCACUACUUGGUGGAGACUGAGUAAUAUCGCUGUAGGCCAAAAUGAGUGAGCCACAGAGGAGAAGGGCAGCCAUGUGCCCCAUCUGCUGAGGAGAGCCUUUGUGAAUUCAAAUUCCAUGCAUACUCAGCCAGCUGCAGGCACUGGGUCUGUCUCUCUAGUAGUGCACAGGGAUGGGAUGUUGCACACAGUGGGUAUUUGCACACUUAGACCACUUCUGAAUAACACCCAACAUGCUAUUCCUGCAGGAUAGGGGUCCAGGGGCUUUCCUCCUAUUAUCUCUGCCAUUUCCUAAACACUUGGCAAAAUGCUGUUAAGUUUGUCAUUUUUGGGUAUUGUUCUGGAACUAAACAUAAAGCCUCUAGGUUCAGCCAGUCUACUAGGUCUACGGUUUUCUGAUCUCAGCCCUUCCCUCCUCCCAUCUCUUUAGAUGCCACCACCAGUUAGAAGCCUGAUUAUCCCUAGAUCCUCAACCAAAGUGUGUGGGAAAGGUCUGAGGUAAAGCAGUGUGCUCUCUGCUGCUGGUGCCUCGGUGGUGUUCUCCCAGUAGAGAAGAAGAAGUGGGACCUCAUUUUACGGAGUGGCCUCCAGUGACUGCUCCCUCCUGGGAAGCUCCUGCCCAUCACUGAAGCGUCUCCCCUUUGGGUGGUUUUCCCUCGGCCUGGGCUCGCGUGAACCUGACACAUGGUAACUUCUCAGUUCCUUGAGCUGUCUCAGAAAAUGGAUCUUUUUAGUCUAGAAAAUGUGUUUAUUUGCUAAAUAUACUAUCAUAUGUGUAUGAGUGCGAUACAAUGCAAACUGUGGGAUAUCUCAUUAGAAAGACUAUGAAUCCAUAGAAAAUUAAAUAUACCUUUAGAAGAGCUCUUGUCUUAGCGGACAAGGUGGCCCAGCUGUGGAGCAUCAGAAAAAGCGCCCUUCCCCUCCCCACCCCUGGGCACCCUGGGCCCUGCAGAGUGGGGCUACGAUACCCAAUUCAAACCCAGGCAGUGUGUGGGGGGGGGGUGCUGAGGGGCCACACGUACAUACAGAUAUAGGAAGAAAAUAAGAACCAUCUAGGAGUCUGUUGAGCUUCUCCCCAUGACUGUGAUCUUAUCCAUGUUUGAAUCACAAACUUUAAAUUUCUAACAAUUAUGAUUCUUGCAGUUUCUGAGUAAUUUGUUAAAUGCCUAUUUAACACAGACAGAUAUUUAUUUUCAGCCUUGGCUUGUAAAUGCCUACAAACUGAUUCAUGUUGGUGAUCAUUAUGACACUUCUGUGAAUUGGUGAAUAAAUAUGAUUUUAGAAUUUCACAGUAAA